CAGGAACAUGUGCAACGAGCGUAGGUCGAGAGCCUAGUGAUUUGCCAUACCAUGGAGACAAGUGGGCACAUCUCAUGACAGGGAAUACUUUUCCAUGUGAUUCUAAAAUAGAAUCGUGGGAAUAUUAUAUCGAUGAUAACUCAUUGACAUCUGCUUACCUUACGACAUGGCGUCCUGUUGCUAAAUCUCGUUUCACUCUUAUCAGUUCUACCCGAGUUGUAGCGACCCGCCCAGGGAAUCAUUCUGUUAUUCUAACACAACAAAUAGAUGUAAAACAAGGCGACUUUAUUGGUAUACACUAUGAACAUAAGGCUAAAGGUGGCAUCAUCCCGUUCUCAAGAGGAAACGAUGAUGUUGUCCCAGAUAAUCAACUUUUUGACACUGUGAUUCUCCCAAGAGAUGAUUCUGACUUCCAUGUUGGAAAUACUAUAGAUCUCAGCGGCUGGUCUACUAUCAAGGCUACAUUUGCAGUAAUUGCAAGGCUGGAGGGGUAUGGGAAACCUAUACCAACUCCAGCACCAACUGGAUCCCCUCCUCCAAUUAAUAAAG